UGCUGGACUACAACUCCCAACAUCCCUUGCAGCGGGUAUUGCCCCGCAGGAUUAGAAAUGCAAUCCAGCCACAGCUAAGGGACUCCAAACUCACACAGAGGCCAACAGCUACUGCAACAGAUGGGCUCAGCCCAGGGCAGGGAGGUCCCCAGCAGAAUCCUUGGGGUGGGAGCAAGGAACAUCCAACCCAGGCGGCAAGGUUGACAGCUGGACACAAUAUGGGUAACAGGGAGGCGUUGCCACAGAGAGUUAACAAGGUGGCAUGAAUUGGAUGGGAGAAGUCUAAUUAAGCAAGAGCCAGGAGAUAGCUGAAAACGGAGAAGGAUGCACCUGGGAGUCUGUCUCGGAGCCUUGGUUCUUGUCCUCCCUUUGUCCUCAUCCUCUGAAUCGCACAAAGUGGACAUCUCUGGGCGCCGCAUGACUGUCACCUGCCCUCUACAAAAUGCCAAUUGGAAAUUGGUCAGUAAAAUGAAUGGAAAUUAUAAUGUCACCCCAGAAAACGAAAUCUUGACCAUUGAAGCCAUGAACGACAAGGAAGUGGUCAAGGGUGACUUCACCUGUCAGAAUGGCACGACAUCCAAAAAGAUUUAUCUGCAAAUCAAAGCCUGUGAUGACUGCGUGGAACUGAGCAUCGGGCUGGUGGCCGGCACCGUCGUUGCUGACCUGCUCAUUACCCUGGGGGUCAUGUUCCUGGUCUACUACUGCAGCAGCAAGAAACCUGCCACCAGCUUUGGUGGGGGAGCCGCAGGGGGAGGCACCCGUGGACGGACACGAGGCCAAAAGGUGGACCGCCCCCCACCUGUCCCAAACCCAGACUAUGAGCCCAUCCGGAAAGGCCAACAGGAGGUGUAUGCUGGGCUGGAGCCCAAGGCCUUCUGAGACAUACCACAGUCUCUGGGUAGAGCCGCAGUGCCACGAAACCUCAUUGUUGCUGACUGCUGGUGGCACCGCCAUCUCCCUUUGCCACCAGCAGCUUCGCUUGGUGGCAGGUGGGUCGUCACACACCUCUCCCUGAGUCUCACAGCCUAC